AUGGUCCAUCUAGCCCAGGUCCCGACAGACAAGGAGAAAGAGACUCCCCUCGUGGAAGGUCUCGAGAAGGCCAAGUUCUUCGAGGAGAAUGAGGAAGACGGUGUAACAGCAAGCGUCUAUGGAAGCCGCUUUGCCGCACAAGAUCUCCCGCGGAUCGAGAUGCCCGAGAAGGAGAUGCCCCGCGAGGUAGCCUACAGGAUGAUCAAGGACGAUCUGACGCUCGAUGGCACGCCGACGCUCAAUCUGGCCAGCUUCGUGACUACAUACAUGGAGGACGAAGCCGAGAAGCUCAUGACGGAAUGCUUCUCCAAGAACUUCAUCGACUACGAAGAGUACCCCGUGAGCGCCGAUAUUCAGAACCGGUGCGUGUCCAUGAUCGCGCGUCUGUUCAACAUCCCUGUUCACGAUGAGAACACCAACGCCAUGGGCACAAGCACCAUCGGCAGCAGCGAAGCGAUCAUGCUGGGCGUGCUGGCAAUGAAGAAGCGCUGGCAGCAGACGCGCAAGGCGGCGGGCAAGAGCACCGAGAACCCGAACAUCGUCAUGAACGCGGCCGUGCAGGUAUGCUGGGAGAAGGCGGCUCGGUACUUCGAUGUUGAGGAGAAGUACGUGUACUGCACCAAGGAUCGCUAUGUCAUUGAUCCGAAAGAGGCGGUCGAUUUGGUGGACGAAAAUACGAUUGGCAUUUGCGCUAUUAUCGGGACGACUUACACGGGCGAGUAUGAGGACGUCAAGGCUAUCAACGACCUGUUAGUGGAGCGGAACAUUGACUGUCCCAUCCACGUCGAUGCCGCCAGCGGCGGCUUCGUCACCCCCUUCGUCAACCCCUCCCUAGAAUGGGACUUCCGGCUCCCCAAGGUCGUCUCCAUCAACGUCUCCGGGCACAAAUACGGGCUCGUCUACCCCGGUGUGGGCUGGAUCAUCUGGCGAGACCCCGAGUACCUUCCCAAGGAGCUAAUCUUCAACAUCAACUACCUCGGCGCCGACCAAGCCUCCUUCACACUCAACUUCUCGCGAGGUGCGAGCCAGAUCAUCGGACAGUACUACCAGCUGAUCCGGCUCGGGAAGCACGGCUACCGGUCCAUCAUGCUGAAUCUGACGCGCACGGCCGACUAUCUGGCUGCGAACCUCGAGAAGCUCGGCUUCAUCAUCAUGAGCCAGAAGGGUGGCGAGGGACUGCCGCUCGUCGCGUGUCGGCUUAAGCCGGGGAAGCACUAUGACGAGUUCGCCGUUGCGCACCAGCUGCGUGAGCGCGGCUGGGUCGUGCCGGCCUACACGAUGGCGCCGCACAGCGAGAAUCUGAAGCUUAUGCGGGUGGUUGUGCGCGAGGAUUUCAGCCGCAGCAGGUGCGAUGCGCUCAUUGCCGAUAUCAAGCUUGCGCUGCAGGUGCUAGAUAAGAUGGAUGGGGAUCGCAUUAAGGAACAUCAGGAGCAUAUCAAGCAGCAUGCCACCAGGACUGGAAGGCAUAGGAGGAUGAACAAGCAUUUUGCGGAUGAGAACCAUAGCUUGCAGGGGAAGCAUGGGAAGACGCACGCCGUGUGCUAA